AUGGCUAUGCAGAUAGAGGAACUCCGGAUUGAAUCAUCGGACUUGAGAAGAAUUACCAACGAUUUUUCAGACGCCAAGAAAAUUGGAUGUGGUGGCUAUGGAGACGUUUACAAGGCAGACUACAACGGGGAAGAGAUAGCAGUGAAGUUGCUUGAUCCGACCAAAGGAAUUGACGACCAACAAUUUAUGAAGGAACUCUAUAACCACAUGGAAGUCAAACAUCGAAACAUUGUACGGCUGGUCGGGUAUUGCAAUGAAGAAAUCAAGAAAUACGUUGAGCAAAAGGUUGGCCCUCCUGUUUUUGGUAAACACAUAUACAAAGUGCUAUGCUUUGAAUAUAUGCGGCGUGGAAGCCUCGACAAGCAUCUCUCUGAAAAUUCUCUGGGAGAUGACUGGCGCACACAUUAUCAAAUAAUAAAGGGGACUUGUGAAGGCUUAUGGUAUCUUCACAAUGGGUUGGAACAUCGGAUCCUCCACCUGGAUCUAAAGCCUGGCAAUAUAUUACUUGACGAUUAUAUGGAACCGAAGAUUGCAGAUUUCGGAUUGUCAAGGAUUUACACUUCAAGCCGCAGCAAUACCAGAGUUAAGUUAGUUUCAGGAACAACGAAGUACAUGCCACCUGAAUUAAGACGUGGGAGUGAGAUAUCAGAGAAGACUGAUACCUACGGUUUAGGUGUUACAAUCAUAGAUGUAAUUAGGGGAUCGGUUGGUUUUGAACUUUAUCACGAGCUGGAGGCCACAAGAUUUGUUGAAAAUGUACGUACAUAUUGGGGACAGAGAGAUGGUACAGCACAUUUAGAUCAAGUAGAGGAAUGCACCAAGAUUGCAAUACGAUGUAUCCGUCAUGACAGAAGGAAUAGGCCCACGAUUAAGGAGAUUGUUGCGGACUUGAAUGCUACGGAAACUCAGAUUUUGGCCGAGGGUCCCCGUGCCUUAACAAUCAGUUCGUCACGCGGGAAGCUCGGCUCCCUCCAUGUUCCAGACAAGCUUUCUAGUUCCACUUCAGGAAGGGGGCCAUUGGACGUGGUGAUUGUGUAUGCCUUUGACUGCUAUCUGCAUACCCCAGCCUGGUACACGAUGAACGAUUGGGUUUUUUGGUUGGUGCAAGAGAAGCUCACCCACUUCGUUGACAGCUGUCUUGGUUACGUCAUGUUGACCCCUAACGAGUGCAUAUCAGGCAUGAAGUUAGUUGAAUCAGCCGACACAAAGGCAAGUGGCUACACAGACUACGACCGCAGGAGCACCAAAAGGAAAACCAUGGCAUCAGGCCUCGAAGAGGCGCAUAACAUAAUCAGCAACCGCGGGCACCACAACAGCAUCAUAUUGUUCUUCUCUGAUGGAUUGGUAAACAAUGAAUACUUCUUUCAUGGGAACGAGAACUUCAUCUCCCAAGUACCUGUCCACACAUUUACUCUUGGCGGGAACGCAUAUAACCAUAUCCUCCACUCCAUCGCAGCAAAUUCUCCGGGCGGGAAGUUUCACAGCACCUCAAUUCCAGAAAGGCCAAAUGUGUCAACAGCCUUCUCGAGGCUAUUGGAUAAACUCCUUGGCGACGCCUCGAAGGAUGAUGCGAAGCCUCCUAGUACCUUUUCAGGAAGGGGUCCACUAGACGUGGUGAUUGUGUUUGCCUUUGAUCGCACUAAUUCAACAGCCCAAACACGGUACACGGUGGCUCAUGGGGUCUUUUGGUUGUUGCAAGAGAAGCUCACCCGUUUUGUUGACAGUUGCCUUGGUUAUAUAUACGUCAUGUCAACCCCUAAGACAUACACAUACACGUUGGACAUGAAAUUAGUUUACUCGAAGGAGAAAAAGGAUGCUCCCUACACAGUGUUCAAUGAGCGCACGAGAACCUGCACGAAAAACAUGGCAUCGGGCCUCGCCGAGGCGCAUAAUAUGAUCAAAAACCGUGGGCACCACAAUGGUAUCAUCUUCUUGUUUUCCGAUGGAUUGAUAAAUAAGGGAGACUUCUUUGAUGGAACCGACAACUACGUUUCCGAAGUGCCUGUCCACACGUUUACUCUCGGCGGGGACACAUAUAACCAUGGUCUCCAAGCCAUUUCGGCAAAUUCUCCUGGUGGGACGUUCAACUCCAUUCCAGUUCCAGAGAAACCGCUUCUAUCAGAGCCCUUCUCAACACUGCUGGAUGGCCUCCUUAGCCGCACCAUUGUGGACUGA